AUGGGAGAAAGGGAGAUUAAUGCUCUAGGUUUCCAUGUAGGGAUUGAGUUGGAAGAGACUUCCUCCAUGUCUCUUGAUGACGAUCUUGAAGAAGUUAGUAUGAUGACGAAGAAGACGCCCGUAGCUUCAUCUGUUCUCGCGUUCAAUAAUCUAACCUACAGUGUUAACACAAGUAAAGAAUGGAGAUUUCGUGGUAUCCUUGGCCGAAAAGAUACCGAAGCAGUAACAAGUACGCGUGCCAAGAGAAAAAUGUUGCUGAAUAAUAUCUCAGGUGAAGCUAGAGAAGGUGAGAUUUUAGCUAUUCUUGGUCCAAGUGGUUCGGGCAAGUCCACCUUGAUUGAUGCACUUGCCAAUAGGAUAUCCAAGGAAAGCUUAGGAGGAUCGGUAACACUGAAUGGUGAAACUCUAGAGUCCGGGGUUCUUAAGAUGAUAUCUGCUUAUGUCAUGCAAGACGAUUUGUUAUACCCUAUCUUAACAGUUGAAGAGACGCUCAUGUUUUCUGCUGACUUUAGAUUGCCACAUUCUCUCUCGAAAGGCAAGAAGAUGGAAAGAGUUCAAACUGUCAUUGAUGAGCUAGGCUUGCGUAAUGCAGCAAAGACCAUAAUAGGAGAUGAAGAUCAUAGAGGCAUCUCUGGUGGUGAGCGCCGUCGUGUUUCAAUUGGAGCUAAUGUGAUUCGUGAUCCAAUUCUAUUGUUUCUCGACGAACCAACGUCAGGACUGAAUUCGUCAUGUGCUUUCAUGGUGGUUAAAGUUCUGCAACGAAUUGCUCGGAGUGGGAGGAUAGUGAUUAUGUCAGUUCACCAACCUAGUUCUAGAGUUGUUUCCCUGCUCGAUCAGUUGAUCUUCCUCUCCCUGGGAGAAACCGUCUACUAUGGCUCACCUUUUAAUCUCUCACCUUUUUUGUCAGAAUAUGGUCAUUGCGUCCCAGAGAAUGAAGAUACAACCGAAUUCAUGCUUGAUUUAUACCGCGAACUGGAGGAUGUACCUGGUGGGACGAGAAGUAUGGUCGAAUUCAACCAAGAAUGGUACAAGAAACGGAAUCACCCUUCCAAUUCAGAGUAUUCUACCACCAGGUUGGAUGAAAGCCUAAAGGAGGUCAUACCAAGGGGGAAACUCAUUUACAGUGACAUUGGUCUGACGUCAUUUGCAAAUCCAUUUUGGUUUGAUACGGUUGUGCUCGUGAAACGAUCAUUAAGAAACUCAAACAGGAUGCCCGAGGUAAUUAUGAAUCAAAUAGGUAUCGCACUAUUUCUAGCCUGUUUUUUAGGGAGUUUGUUUUGGCACCUUGAGCAAACGGAACAAGGGGUUCAAGAACUAAUAGCGUUCUUCGCUUUUAUGGUGACGACCAUCUUUUUCUGCUGCACAGAUAUACUUGCAGUUUGCAUCCAAGACAGGCACAUCUUUAUAAGAGAAACAGCAUAUAAUGCGUACCAUCGUUCAUCUUAUGCCCUGUAUCGCUCAAUUAUAGAUAUACCCAUAGUACUUAUAGUAUCUAUCAUUCUAGCAUCAAUAACGUUCUGGUCAGUAGGUUUAGAAGGUGGAUAUUCCGGUUUCUUAUUCUAUUUCCUUGUGGUAUUCACAGCAUUUUAG